GAAGUAGGUAUGGGCGAUGGAGUUACUCGAGACUUCUACUCCUAUCUCUGCAAAGUAUUACGAGGCAAAGCAAACCACAUGUGGCUGGAUGAUGAACCGAACGAUCAGGGGGAAUUCGUAAAUACACAAGUCGGUUUAUUCCCAACCCCGUAUCCACGCAACUCCAUUCCACUUACAAUUCUUCGUCGUUUCUACACAAUGGGACUUGCUGUUGGAAAAGCUCUCCAGGAAAAUCAUCUAUUGGGUCUUCACUUAUCUCAACCGUUUCUCAAGAUUCUCUGUGCAUAUUCGAAAGCGAGCCACUCCAUUAACACUGAAAAUCCCCUGAGCCAUGCGGAGAAUGCAAGAGAUAGGGCCCUGAGUCAUGAAGAUUUCUGGAUUUUUGGCAAUCGCAAAUGCAGCAGAGAGACUUCUCCACAUUGGCUAACUGGGGUCCUUGGAUUUGAUGAUUUCCGCAAGCUUUAUCCAUUUCAUGCCUCCACAUUUGAAAGACUCUUGCGUCUAGCUAGAGUUCACGAAGCCAUAAGGAGGGAUUGUAAGAACAAAGAAAUGUUAGAAGACAAGCUGAAUGAAGCUAGUUUGAAGCACAUAGAAAGAACUAUUGGGAAUUUGGGUCUCUCGAUGGAAUUUAUGUGCACAACAUCAGAAUCGUGCAAGAUCGUGAAGUUGCAAGACGUAUAUCCGUGGGAGAAAAAUAACACUUGCACUGCCGAUAGGGAAGCUCCUGAAUCUGAGCCAGUCGACAAUAGUAAUUACGUAGACUACAUCCGUCGAACCGUGGAGUACUGUUUGAACAAGGGUAUUCAAGCCCAAAUAGAUGCCUUUACACGUGGCUUUAAUCUCGUAUUUCCCAUUGAAUGGUUGUCCAUCUUCACAAGUUCUGAACUUAGUAGCCUACUCUGCGGUGAUUUGAUUGACACACCAUGGGAGAUGGAAGACUUAGCUGAGAGCAUAACAACUAGAGAUCCAAUGAUCAAAUCAUCACCCAUGUUCAGGUAUCUUCUGGAAGUUUUGAUCAGUCUCGAUGCUGAACAGCGUCGCAAUUUCCUGCGCUGGGUCACUGGGUAUUCAGCCCUGCCGUCUGGAGGGCUAAAAAGCCUUAAGCCCCCUUUGACGGUAUCCAUCAUUGAAUGGGGUCCUUAUCCCAAAGUACAAUCAUGUUUCCAUGCACUGCAAUUGCCAGAAUAUCCUUCAGCCGCGGAAUUGCGUCACCACCUUCUUAUUGCAAUUAGUCAAGAGUCGUUUGAUAUUGUGUAG